AUGAAGUUCUCCGUCUCCCUCUCCACUCUCGUCAUGGCCGUGGCCGCCUCUGCCGCCAAGUGCCCGGCUCCCGGCGAGACCAACAACCUCGGCUACGGCUGCAACCCGGCCCACACCUACCCCGAUGGCCAGACCUGCCAGCUCGUCGACGGCUGCAACAUCCUCGAGCAGGCUGCCAAGGUCGCCGCUGCUGCCGCGUGCCCCGCCCUCGGCGAGACCAACGACCUCGGCUACGGCUGCAACCCGGCCCACACCUACCCUGACGGCCAGGUCUGCCAGCUGAUCGACGGCUGCAACGUCAUCCCCCCCAGCUCUUAA